CGUCUUGUGUUUGAUUGCUAGUUAGUUGGCGCCUUAGCGAAAUGUUUUUUAUCGUAAUUAGAAAAUAACUAUUUUAUUUCUGAGCAUACGGGUAAUUAGAAGUUAUUCACUACAUGUUGAAGAUAUCAUACGCUGUAUAAAUAAAGUGGUAAAUAUGGCAGAUGGGGACGAAAGUGUACAUCGUUUGGAAGGCACUUCGGGCGAUGCUCCCGGAGGCUUAAUUUUAAAAAAGAAAGACAAACCUGAUGACUUCCAGUUUGCUAAGCCUUCCUUACUAGGAUUGGAUAAACUAGCAGCCGCAAAACGUAAGCAGAACAGGCUUAUUUCGUUCCAAGACGACGCAAAUGAAGAUGAUCUUGCCGAUGAUAAAAACGAAUCAAAAGUACGUAAAUAUAGAAAACAUAACGAGGAAACACCGACUUAUACAGGUGGUAUAUCAGAGCAAGCGCGGGAACGCAUGCUGGAAAGGUUACAGAGGAAGGAAAAAGAAACUAAAGCGAAGGGAGUGCACAAUUCAACUCAAGAAGAGAAAAAGUCAAGGUCCAAGGAUGAAGAAGAUGACCGUUAUCACAGAAACCGUUAUGACAAGCGGGAACGUGACAGAGAUAGAAGAUAUGAUGACGACAAGAGAGAUAGGGACAGACGAGAUCGUCAUGAUCGCGAUUCUGAUAGAAGAAAUAAGGACAGAGAUAGAUAUGAGCGGGGUAGCGAGAGAAGGGAUAGCGACAGGAGGGGGGACAGUGAACGACGAGGGGAUAGUUCCAGGAGGAGUUACUACGGUCCGAGAUUCAAGGAUGAGCCAAGAACACCUAAUUUGAAAGCCCUCAAACCGACCGACAGAACGGCCUGGGAUGACGAUGAUGAGGACCCAAAAAUACGCAGAUCCAGUUGGGACUUCCCGACUCCUGUGCCCAGGGGAGCCGGCCCUUCCGACCGCUCCGAACGAAGCGAGAGGAAACCCUUAAGAGACUAUAAAGGAAGACCGUACGAUAAUACUCCUAGAGCCACACCGCAUAAGUUUGCCAGUUCCAGGCGUGGCCUGGACAUUGACGACCCGGAAUGGCAGGAGGCUGAGAAGAAACUGGACAGGGCCUGGUACAAUAUGGGUGAAGGCGAAACAGACGAAUCCGAUCCAUUCUCCGACACGAGCGCUGAAUACAUAGCACGCAAAGAGGAACAAAUUGUUAAACGGCAAAAUAGAAAAGUGUCCGCUCAGAGACAGCAGAUAGACAAGGACAACGAGCUGUGGGAGCGGAACAGAAUGCUCACCAGCGGUGUGGUGCAUUCUAUCAAUGUUAACAAUGAUUUGGAUGAGGAAAGCGUGGACAGGGUACAUCUUUUAGUGCACAAUAUAGUGCCUCCGUUCCUCGACGGGAGAAUAGUUUUCACCAAACAGCCGGAGCCUGUUAUACCUGUCAAAGAUCCCACUUGUGAUAUGGCAGUGAAUGCUAGAAAAGGCUCUGCUCUGGUGAAAGCAUUCCGAGAACAGAAGGAGAGGAAGAAGGCGCAGAAGAAACAUUGGAAAUUGGAGGGCACCAAAAUCGGUAACAUCAUGGGCAUACAAAAGGAGCAAGAGGAGUUAGAGGACGGGCCGACUAAGGGCGCUUACAAAUACGCUGAACAUUUAGACCAAGAUGGCAAGGAACCAGAGUCAAAAUCGGAAUUCGUGAAAAAGAUGACGAUAGGUGAACAACGUCGCUUCUUGCCCGUGUUCGCGGUGAGGGAGCAGCUGAUGCAGGUCAUCAGAGAGAACUCCGUCGUCAUCAUCGUCGGUGAGACGGGUAGCGGUAAAACGACUCAGCUGACGCAGUAUCUGCACGAGGAGGGCUACAGCCGCCUCGGCAUGAUCGGGUGCACGCAGCCGCGCCGCGUGGCCGCCAUGGCCGUGGCCAAGCGUGUGUCUGACGAGAUGGGCACCAAGCUGGGUGACGAAGUCGGCUACGCGAUUCGUUUCGAAGACUGCACUUCACCCAACACCGUCAUAAAGUACAUGACCGAUGGGAUCCUGUUGCGGGAAGGUCUCCGGGAGCCCGACCUCGACCACUACUGCGCGGUCAUUAUGGACGAGGCCCACGAGAGGUCGCUGUCUACCGAUAUGUUGUUCGGCUUGUUGAGAGAGGUGGUGGCACGAAGGUCCGAUCUGAAGCUGAUCGUGACAUCAGCCACCAUGGACUCGAGCAAGUUCUCCACCUUCUUCGGCAACGUUCCCACCUUCACAAUUCCCGGGCGGACUUUCCCCGUCGAGACGUUUUUCGCGAAGAAUGUCUGCGAGGAUUAUGUCGAUGGCGCUGUUAAGCAGGCGUUACAAAUCCACCUGCAGCCGGAUGACGGAGACAUCCUGAUCUUCAUGCCUGGUCAGGAGGACAUCGAGGUCACGUGCGAGACAUUGACAGAACGCUUAGCUGAUUUAGACAGCGCCCCACCACUGACCGUGCUGCCGAUCUAUUCCCAGCUACCCGCAGAUUUGCAGGCUAAGAUCUUCCAGAGGGCGCCACCUGGCCAGAGGAAAUGCAUUGUCGCCACUAAUAUUGCUGAAACUUCCUUGACAGUGGACGGUAUAAUGUAUGUCAUCGACUCGGGAUAUUGCAAAUUGAAAGUCUACAAUCCAAGGAUCGGCAUGGACGCUUUGCAGAUAUAUCCAGUGAGCCAGGCGAACGCCCGACAACGUGCAGGCCGAGCAGGGAGAACCGGGCCAGGCAGGGCCUUCUGCCUCUACACCCAGCGGCAGUACCAGCACGAGCUGCUGCCUUCCACCGUGCCCGAGAUACAGAGGACCAAUCUGGCCAACACCGUGUUGCUGCUGAAGUCAUUGGGGGUUGAGGAUUUGCUCGCGUUCCAUUUUAUGGAUCCGCCACCGCAGGACACAAUUCUCAAUUCUAUGUACCAACUAUGGAUCCUCGGCGCUUUGGACGGCACGGGGGCGUUGACCCCGCUCGGCAGACAAAUGGCCGAGUUCCCGUUGGACCCGCCGCAGUGCCACAUGCUCAUUGUGUCCGCCGAGAUGGGGUGUAGCGCUGAAGUUCUCAUCAUCGUGUCAAUGCUGUCGGUACCAUCAGUGUUCUACAGACCGCAAGGCCGCGAGGAGGAAGCGGACUCUGUGAGAGAAAAGUUCCAAGUGCCUGAGUCUGAUCAUCUCACUCUGUUGCAUUUGUAUAACCAGUGGAAGUCUAACAAAUACUCAAGCCAAUGGUGCACAGAACAUUUCGUUCACGGCAAAGCAAUGCGGAAAGUACGCGAAGUCCGACAACAGUUGCGCGACAUUCUGCAGCAACAACGACUGCCGCUGGUCUCCUGUGGGACUGACUGGGACACUGUUCGGAAGUGUAUUUGUUCUGCGUACUUCCAACAAGCCGCUCGUCUGAAAGGCAUCGGGGAAUACGUGAACUGUCGCACCGGAAUGCCUUGCCACCUCCAUCCCACUUCGGCUUUAUUCGGCCUCGGCUCGUCUCCGGACUACGUCGUGUACCACGAGCUGAUGAUGACCACGAAGGAGUACAUGCAUUGCGUCACGGCUGUGGAUGGAAGAUGGCUGGCCGAAUUGGGGCCCAUGUUCUUUUCGCUUAAAGAGACAAACAAAUCAAACCGCGACAAACGAAAAGAGGCAGCCGUCCACCUGGAACGAAUGGAAGAGGAAAUGAGGCAAGCGGAAUUAAAGAUGGCGGAGGAGAGGCGGAAGAAGGACGAGAUGGUGCCCGACAAACAGGAAGUGGCCACCCCGGGGCUGGACACGCCGCGGCGGACGCCGCACAGACUCGGAUUGUAGAUGACUUUCCUCCGAGCCCUUUAUAUCUCUCGAUAAAAGUACGUGCUAAAAUGUUACAGUUAAACACUGCCAAAGAAUGGCAUUAUCGUGAAAGCAUUUUCUACCACUACUAUACAAGUGUUGAAUUAAGUUUCCGGCGAUACGGCACCUUUUGUGCGCUGCAGGUCCCGCGGUUAAAAGGUUAACGUUUAAACUAAAUUUUAGGAGUUCAAAUCUUUUCGACAAUAAAAUGGGUCUUCAGAUUUAAGACUCUAUUGACGUCCAUCAAGCAUUGCCGAACGUAAAGAUGAUGAUUGACAAUAUGAAUAAAUCCAAGAAACAUCAAUUUUUUACAUAAGAGCUUAAUAAAGUUCACAUGGGUUCGUCAAACAAUUAUAUUCCAAAAACUUAGAUUUCAAAAAUUUUGCCAUGAUAUUUUAGUGACAAGAACUGGUAACACUUGUCUUAACUCCGAAGACUUGCGUAAUAAAAUCAACUCGGGAAACUAAAAUCAUGCAUUUUGAUAAGUUUCUUAAUACGAAUAAACUGAAAAUGUAAAUAGAGUUAAGUAUUAUGAAAAUAAAGAAAUCGAAUUGUGAAACAAAAUUUUUAUUUCAAUAAUAAUCUUCAUCAAUUAAUUACAAACUUAACUGAACAACUACAUAGGAAGCUGUUUGGCAGUUCCACUCCACAAUCUCUCGACAUUAUUUUAAAUCUAUUAUUAAAAGGUUAUAUCAGCAUUUUAGGUGAUUAAAUUCCACAAGAUGAAUAAUAUAACAUGUCUCCUUUAUUUACAUGGGUUAUUAAAUUCAAAGGUGAAAAAAAAGACCUUAUGCCGAACUGGGACCAUAUCGUUAGUGUCACUUGUCCCAUGGGACUAGUGGGAUUAACGGGAAUUAUUUAUACCUUUGAAAUUCUUAUAAACAAUAUUCUCGCAUUUCCAUAAAUUCUCCUUUCUAUAAUAUUAAUCACAUAUAAAUUUUAAAAAUGAA